GAAAGAUAGAAGGUAUAAGAAAUGAGUAGAAGGAGAUUUGAGUAGGCUUUUAAAUGUUAGAACCUUAUCUUGAGGGAGAGAAACAAAAUAGAAAAUUUGAUAGAAAAGAAAUUUAAGAGUAUUGAAUUUUUAGCUUUGAUGUUGGCCUUCUGGCAUUCACUCUUGCAAUGGCCGUGUUAUGUCAUUCUCCCCUGAAUUUGAAGCUCUUCACCUCCUCCUCCUCACGGAAUCGCAAUGUCAAUCCCUCCGCUCACUCCCGCAGUGAGCCCCCACCCGUUUUCACCUCUGUCAAGUCCUUUGCUCCAGCCACCGUUGCCAAUCUCGGCCCUGGUUUCGACUUCCUUGGCUGCGCUGUUGACGGCAUCGGCGACUUCGUCACUCUCCGCCUUGACCCCAACGUCCACCCUGGCGAGGUCUCUAUUUCUGACAUAUCCGGCGCCGGAAAGAAGCUCAGAAGAAACCCUCGCUGGAAUUGCGCUGGCAUCGCUGCCAUCUCUGUCAUGAAGAUGCUCAACAUUCGAUCGGUGGGCCUUACGCUCUCCCUUCACAAGGGCUUGCCCUUGGGCAGUGGUCUGGGGUCCAGCGCCGCUAGUGCAGCUGCUGCUGCCGUGGCUGUCAACGAGCUUUUUGGCCGCCCACUGACCCUGACUGACCUCGUGCUUGCCGGGUUAGAUUCAGAAUCCAAGGUCUCCGGUUACCAUGCAGACAAUGUGGCACCUGCUAUAAUGGGGGGUUUCGUAUUGAUCCGGAGUUACCAUCCUCUUGAAUUAAUUCAGUUGAACUUCCCUCAUGAAAAGAACCUCUUCUUUGUGCUGGCAAAUCCGGAAUUUGAGGCCCCAACAAAGAAAAUGAGGGAGGCACUGCCUCAAGAGAUAACAAUGUCCCAUCACAUUUGGAACUGUAGUCAGGCAGGUGCAUUGGUGGCAUCCGUGCUGCUGGGAGACGUUUCUGGUUUUGGUAAGGCACUAUCCUCCGAUAAAAUAGUGGAGCCAAGGAGAACACCACUAAUUCCAGGAAUGGAGGGAGUGAAGAAGGCAGCAAUGGAAGCAGGGGCUUUUGGCUGCACCAUUAGCGGAGCUGGGCCCACAGCAGUAGCAGUGACUGACAAUGAGGAGACAGGUAGAGAGAUUGGGCAAAGAAUGGUAGAGGCUUUUCUGGAACAUGGCAAGCUGAAGGCCUUGGCAAUGGUGAAGAAGCUCGACCGUAUUGGUGCCAGGCUUGUCAGUAGCCAACCCAUAUGAUUUUUUCUGCAUGCUGUUUGUUGGUGAACACUACUCACUCAAGUGGUGUGGUUGCUUCCCAUAUCCACCUUCCCUUUGCUGCAUAUUGUGCCGCCUCCUACUGUUAGAAAUCAUUGUGACAUGAGCAGGAAAAACAGCAGUUUGGUCUCAUCAUCUAAAAGUAGAAUCUGCAUUAUCUUAGUAACAUGAUUCAUAUGCAUCCUUCCUAUCCAUUUGCCUCAACUCUGAUUUUGCUCAUCUGCAAUAGAUAGAACAGCUGCAAACCUUCUUUUUUUUUCUUUCCUAAACAUACCUCACAAUAGGGUGAGACAUGAAUUGGUUUUUCAAUUAAAAAAAAUAAAUUAGUUUUAAGACAAGUUGAAAAA